UAGUAAGUGACCGAUAAAUGCCCCAUAAUCAUACAAUGCUCUUAACAAAUAGUUCAAACACAUAUUCCCACAAAAACGGCUAAAUAUACCUUUACACUAAAUUACGAAUGCAUUAAAAAAAACAUGAGUUCAAACAAAAAACUUAAACAGCUUAUGUUGGUCUUAAGAUGGAGCAACUGGAUUCAGCUAUGUGAAAUGAGGCAGACUAGAGGGCAGUUUAUCCACCCAUAUCAAUAAAACUAAAGGCAAACACUUUCAAAACAAACCAUUACAACGCCACUUUAAAGGGUAUGUAGCGGCAAAGGGGCUGUGAGACAUCAAUAGAACAGUUAUGUGCCAAGAUAACAAAUAUUGAUAAAGUUAACAAAAAAAUCAGUCACAUUAAUGAGCAAUUAUCGAAAAUAGAUCGAAAAUGACGAACAUUCCCGAAAGUGUUCCGGAAACAGCCGAAUGGAGCGGGGACGUCACGAUAAGUGAUUGACAGUCGAGGCGGAGCCAGGUGCCAUUGUUUUUUUAACGACGAGAGAGUAGCGUUGGGGUUUGUUUGACGAAAACAUCACAAAAAUGGUUCAAAACUGCUGUGCUAUGUAGUGUACAAAUAGUUAUUUAUCGGAAUUUAGUAUCCAUGAGUUCCCGAACGCGAAAAAAAAAGCUGGACAACGCAGACAAUGGGUAAAGUUCGUCCGUGCAAAGAGGGCUAAUUUUCUAGACACAGCCUCCGGCACGCUUUUCUGUGGUGCGCAUUUUCCACCUGAAAGCUUCUCGAACUAUGGACAAGUGAAAUCGGAUUUUGCUAAAAGAUUGCUGCUCAAAGGAGAUGCGGUGCCGACCAUACACGCGCAGCGACCUAAAUGUCCCGAGAUAUCAAGAAAGAGGACGAUGAGUGGCAAAGGAGGGGAGCAGCCAAGCUUGAAAUGGCCAGAGAGAAGAGUUACAUACAAAGAGAGACAAUAAAGUUCGGAAUGAGCAAGUCUGCGCCAGUCCAGGCGGGGGAUACGGAGACCCGUGGACGAAACGGCUCAAGGAUGGCACUGCGGUCCUCACUCAGGUAUGGUGUCAUUGGCACUGCUCAACUGGCCACGAAGGGAGACAUUAAUGCGUCCAUUUGGAACCUUGCUUCUUCAUCGCCAGACACAUCCAUCGCUAGCAGUGCAGGCGAUGCCCUUCCCGACCAAGCCAGUCCGUCGUCAAGUGCGGACCUCGUGGACGCUCGUUGUCCCAAGUGGCAGGAGUCUUCUCACGUCAAAAAGGAGGAGGUCCUUUAUAUUAAAGAGGAAAAGCAGGAGAACAUCAUCAAGGUUCCGCACCCUCACGUUAAGGAGCAGUCGCCUCUUUGCAUUAAAGAGGAGCAAGAAUCACCGGGUAUCAAAGAUGAGGAGGAGGACCUCACUAGCUUGAAAAGUGAAGGUGAGGAGAGCAGAGCGGGGGAGCAACCGAACAGCAGCAGCUCGACAGAACGUGAUGGAGAACACCGUGGAAGAUCACCCAUAGAUCAACUCAUAGCGCCACUUUCAGACAUUGACCACGCAACAUCACACUCUUCUGACUAUGACGAUGAAGAAGAGUCUGAUGGUCAGAAGAUGGGUCGUAGUAACCAACACUGGAAAUGCACUCAGUGUGGUAAUACUUAUCGUUAUUGGUCUCUGUUUAAGCGGCAUAUGGUAAAACACACCGGAGAAAAACCUUUCUCCUGCUCAGUUUGUGGUCGGAGAUUCUCUCAUAAGGCAAACUUAGAAAGACACGACAGGACGCACACUGGUGAGAAACCUUUCCCCUGCUCCGUUUGCAGUCAGAGAUUCUCUGAAAAGGGAACCUUAAUAAAACACACCAGAAUACACACCGGUGAGAAACCUUUCGCCUGCUCAGUUUGUGGUCAGAGAUUCUCACGAAGGGGAACAUUGAAAGUUCACACAAGAACACACACUGGUGAGAAACCGUUCUUAUGCUCAAUUUGUGGUCAGAGAUUCUCUGAAAGGGGAAGCUUAGGUAGGCACGCAAGAACACAACACACUGGUGAGAAACCUUUCUCAUGUUCAGUUUGUGGUAAAAGUUUCUUCCAGAAAGUACACUUAGAAAGUCACACGAUCGCACACAAUGGGGAGAAACCUUUCUCCUGCUCAAUUUGUGGUAAGAGCUUCAUUGAAAAGGGGAACUUAAAAAAUCACACAAGAACGCAUACUGGGGAGAAACCUUUCUCCUGUGCAGUGUGUGGGCAGACAUUCUCUGCAAAAGGAACCUUGAACAGGCACAAAAAAACACACACUGGGGAAAAACCUUUCCUCUGCUCAGUUUGUGGGCAAAGAUUCUCUCUGAAGGGGAAUUUAAAAAGACAUGCAAAAAGACGACACUGCUGAGAAACCCUUCUACUGCUCAGUUUCAACGGUGCCAGGCUACUAAGCACAAGUGUGUAGGUGUGAAAAGCAGUGACCAAGCAAGGCUUUUCCUGAAGUGGAUAAGACAAAACAGAAAAGUACAAUGAAACGGAAAACAAGCAGCUUGUGUUUUGCUCUAACCAGGGUUUGAACGGGUCCUUGAAUUCCUUGAAAAUGCUUGAAAGGUAGGCACAUGAUAUUUUGCAGCACCCUGUCUGUAAAUUUAUAUUAAUAAAUUAAGGUAAGUAAAAUAAAUACACACUCAUUCAGAAGUUGCUUUCCCUUGAUGUCCUGCAUUACAUUGUCGCUCCCAAGAGUACAGUGCAUGUUAGUUAAUGCAUGAGUAGUUUAGGUUUUAAUCAAGUAAAAAGUAUUUAAAUAGUGUAGUUUCAAUCCAUACAUUUGCAUUUGCUGUGCUUUAGAGCAAUUAUUUUAUUGCAUGGCCAGUUUCUCUUUUUGUCACAGUUUUCUUUCACAACCUCCACACACCCCUGCCAGUCAUAGUGAAAUGGUAGCCACUUCGCUCCGCUUCAUUGCCUCUAGGAUGGUAUUCACCUGUGUCUCGAUUGACUACUCUUGGUUAAAGGAAAAGAGCCACUUAUCGUGUUUUAAGGAAUAGGAGAGUUUGUGAUAGCCUUGACUUAUUUACUAUUUUCGGCGAGAAUGGGAUAGUUUUUUGUUGUUGUUGUGAACUACAGUUCCACACAAAAGUACAUCAACAUAUCAUCUAGCUCAGCAGUUGGAGGCAUGAGAGCCAUUUUUCGAGUGUACCAAACUAAAAAAAAGUGCAUUUGUUCCAUCCCACAGACAGCUCGCUAAGGGCGUAACAAAAUGAGUCACAUGUGUAUAAAUGGACACGAAUUGAUUUAUUUACAAAAGCCAAAUGAAUACAAAAUGUGGAAGAAGCUGGCUUCAGGUUAAGCCCAGGCCAAAACAACAAACAAGAGGAAUCUACACUUAAACCCCACCCGCUAACUAAACCCAGAUCGUACAAAAAGACAGCCACUACUCUGGCUUCCUACAAUAAACAAAACAGGAGAAAACGGGUUGAACAGAAAUGGCAGCUUACCCCUACUGCUUCGGUUCUCUUAUUUUCAGUGGUGAACAAAAAGGAUCCAAUAAUGGCAAAACACAAAAGACCUCACCAAAAAAGCGGGAGUGUAACAAACUAGCGAUCUAAUGCGAAAGCGAAUGUAUGGCAAGCAAACAGCUGGCGAGGAGUUACGUGAUGCAAAUGCUGGCAGAUAAAACCUCCCAGAGCGUUGAGAGCGGCUGGUUUUUGAAGUUGGCUCCCUUCCUCGGGUAGCCAAUCAGUUGCAACGAUGUCGUCUGUCCGCCUGGCGUCAAUCGGCUUACUUCACGUUAGGAGGGGAGGCAGUCAGCAGGCGAAAGUGAGGAUCAGGUGACUGGAGGAGUAUCAAAAUAAAACAACAGUUAAGCGGCCAGGGCCAUCACACCCCCUACAUUAAAAACAAACAUAUACCCUUAAUAACAGCUUUGCAUAAGGGUUCUACAUGAAAGGGUUGUGAGGCCAGGAAAUUGCAUCGGCGAUCAUAUUGUCCGUACCUUUUUUGGGACCAAUGUCCAGGUUGAAGUCCUGGACCAACAUGGGCCACCGCAUUAGCUAUUGGUUGUUGUUCCUCAUUUGUCUGAGGAACACUAAUGGGUUAUGGUCAGUAUACACCGCUAUCGGGAGUGGGCUUUACCCCAAGUGAAAUUCAAAAUGUUGGAGCGCCAAUAACAAUGAUAGGGCCUCCUUUUCAAUAGUGCUAUAAUUAACCUGGUAGGCACUAAAUUUUUUUUUUUUUUCUCGAAAAAUAGCAAAUGGGUUGCUCAAUACCUUCCGGGUUGUCCUGCACCAUUACCGCACCAGCUCCACUAUCGCUUGCGUCGACCUCAAGCUUAAACGGAUGAGAAGAGUUUGGAGCUGCCAACACAGGGGUGCUGAAAAGGGUAGCCUUACAAGAAGAAAAUGCAUGUUUGCAGGCGGGUGACCAAACAAACAACACUUUGGUGCUAGUCAAACUAGUGAGGGGGGCAAAAGCCGCAAUAUCCUACAAAGCCCAAAAAUCGUCGUAGCUCCUGCCUGGUUGUCUGCACCGGAUAUUUUAGAAUGGCCUGAACUUUCUCCUCCCACAGUUACCUAUUUGGGAAAACGGGUAACUGUGGCCCACCCAAAUUCACAUUUAGCGAGAUUUAAGGUAAGGUCUGCCCCCCUAAAUCUGCCAAAAACAUUUUUGAGCUCUUGAAGGCAUCCAGAUCAAGUAUCGGUGGAGAUCACCACAUCAUCAAUGUACACCUCGCAGUUAGCUAUGCCCCCCCAACACGAGGUGCAUCAUCCUCUGGAAGGUAGCAGGGGCGCUCCGAAGGCCAAAGGGCAUGACGGUAUAUUGCAAAAAUGUAUCAGGAGUGACAAGCAGAAAUUUCAGUGGCUCGAAGAGUUAAAGGCACUUGCAAGUAACCUUUUAACAAAUCUAAUUCUGUGACAAAUUUUGCUGCACCCAACAUGUCAACACAAUCCUCCAUACAAGGCAAGGGGUACGCAUUAGCUUUUGUAAUGCUGUUUACUUUUCUAAAAUCUGCAAAAUCAUUUGGUAUCGUCGGGUUUCAGAUCUAACAGGCACUGGGAGCUCCAUGCACUAGAGCUGGGGACAGCUAGACGAUUUUCUAAAAAAUAUUGUACCUCCGUCUGGAAAAGGGCACGUUUUGUGGGAUUCACACGGUACGCAUGCUGCUUAAUUGCCGUAUGGCCAUCUACAUCGAUGUCAUGAGAUAACAGCGGUUCGCGAUGAGGUAUCUGUAAACAAACAUUGAAAAUUAUUGAUCAAGUGUAUAAUGUCUUGUUGGGCAGAAGCACUUAAUUGUGGAAGUUGUCCCAGCAAGUCAGCUCAGUACUCAGAAUUGUUCAAACGGGACCAGGGUGGUCCAAUUUCAUGUAGACCAGACACUCGUAGGCCCAACACUAACGUCAUGGCCUUGCUCACGGCCAUGAUGAGCUUCUAGCAUGUUUAUAUGACAAACCCGUGUUUUUCGCCGGCGAUCUGGAGUACGUGAGACGUAGUCUGUGUCACUCAGCCUCUGCUCUACUAUGUAAGGUCCACUGAACUUACCUUGGAGAGCAGAGGUCGUAAGGGGCAAAAACGCUAAAACCUGAUCACCGACUAGAAACGUUCUUUCCCGCGAUUGCGAGGGGAGGCAGCCAGCUGGCGGAGGCGGGGAUCAAGUGACUGGAGGAGUCUUAAAAUAGAACAGCGGUUAAACGCCCUGGGCCGUCAAAACAUUUAUCACGGUUUUCUCAGCUGAGGACCUGUUUCUCUGUCUAACGAACAGCAUGCUAUCACUACGGCAGCACCUCUGCUACAGGACGUGUUCAGAGUUUGCCACAAAACACUCACUGCCGCUAGGAACGCACCCUGCCAGGAUUUGGGGAUUGUGUUAGACGGUUGACU